AUGGAGUACUUCCAGCUAGAUGGGGAGGCACUCACCCAUAUUGCCAUGAUGACCCAGGACCAUUACUCAGUGAAAUUGGGCAUCAACUCAGACCUGGGCUGCACAGCAAGUACACAGUUCAUUUGUUCUCACAGCCUGGUAUAAAAAGUAAAAAAUACUCCUUAUUGUUCAUAAACAUAUUUUCCAAUUGAUCUCCCCUUCUCCAUUUUCUCCCUGUCUCUUUCUCCUUCCCUCUCUCUCUCUCUCUGCAGAUUGUUCAGAUGCAGGAUGAUGUCAGUAUGUUUGUGUUCAUCUCUGAUGAGGUCACUGCCAACAUGACCCUGGUGGAGGAGAGCCUGACAGCCAAGUUUGUCCAGGACCUCUCCAUGACCCUUCAGCCUGUGAAGGUGGCCCUCAAACUUAUUUCCAAGAGUUCAGCUACUCCACUGACUUGCUGCCUCUGCUCACUGACCAGGGUGAGUACUCAUUCAUCCCACUUCAUCCGGUCUUUGAAUUGUUGUCUCCCUCCUCCACUCAUUACAUUACAUUUUAGUCAUUUAGCAGACGCUCUACCGUGCUCUUCUCAACCCUUAGGACCAAUAAAACAAAAAACUUUAGGAUUAAAGUAA